AUGUCUAGCCCGAGUCAUGAGCUGAGCGACUUCUGGGUCAUACAAACAUAUAAAUCAGCUGUCGUUGCUGCUCUCCAUAAUAAACUGCACCGAAGGAAGUCGAGGAUCUCAUUUACAAUCGCAAACCACCGACCCCAUCCGUUCACCAUGAAGCUGACUUCGGUCCUUUUCUCUGCUUGCGCUCUGUUCCUCGGCUCGGCCGACGCGUGGUGGUGCACCUCCUACGGGAAGCAGGCCAACCACCUGAGCUGCAAGGCGUUGUACCCGGAGCGGAACACGUUUUGCUGCAGCGCCCAAGAAGGAGGUGAUAGGCAUAUAUGGCGCGGAGACUGCUUCAUAUCCGAAGACACCCCUUGCGGCAACGGCGGAUUUGAGGGAUGCUGUUCCUAGAAGUCCGCGGCGGGUUACAGAGGAACGGCGACGGAGUCCGAACGAGUGCACAAACCAAUACCCUGUCUUAAAGACCAACCCCUUAAAGAAUCAUGAAGUCUCAUUGUUAGAAUAUUUGACGGAAACACGAGCGAUGGCUAGCGUCGACGUGGCCUAAGAUUACCAGUUGAAGGAUACAUCAUGACGUUUGCCUUCUUGUGUUGUGUCAAGACAGACACGGCUCUAUUCACUCGAAUUAAUUCCCCUCUGGAACAUCGCUCUUGGGAGAGAGUUGACUAAUAUGGACCACAACCAUUGACACCAAC